UCACCCCUCAUGCCGUCUCUCGCAUCGACAUCUCUCUCCGUCUGCGCAGCUUCUGUUCCGUGUAUUUUUCCUCCUCCUCCUACUCCUUCUCCUCCUUUGUUUUAUUCUGAUUCUUCAUCUUCGGUAUGUUCCUCACGUGAAGUCCACAAACUUGCAGCCCCUGUGGAUGCCAAGUGAAAAAACAACAACAACAAAGAAGGCAAAUGCUCUAUCGGGGAAAACGAGGAAAGACCUACGCACAUUUGCAUGUUUGAUUGAGUGCGUUCGCUUGAACGGAGCAACAGUAUGGAUCUGUCAUUCAUGGCUGCGCAGAUCCCAGUUAUGACAGGGGCCUUCAUGGACUCCUCACCCAAUGACGACUACAGCGGCGAGCACUCGCUUUUUAACUCCUCGGCCAGCGUUCACGCGGCCGCCUCUGCCGCCUCAGUACACGGCCAGCAGGAUGAGCCACAGUCCAUGUCCAGCGAUGCCAUCUGGCUCUGGAUCGCCAUCGUCGCCACCAUCGGAAACAUUGUGGUGGUUGGCGUUGUCUACGCCUGCACUUUCUGAUAAACAUAUGCUUACAAAAACAAACACACAUACACACACGCACACACACACCCUGCUUUUUCUGGACCCCUGAGUGAGACCAUGCUUUGUAGACAGACAUAUACAUUCUCUCUAUGUAUCUCUGUCUCUUUCUCUCUCUCCCUUGCUCUUGGCUUUUGGAUCAGUUUGGGCCCCUGAGAGUGUGGAAGAUGUGAUACUACACAAUGACAUAUAGACUACAAUAUUUCUUCAUCAGAUGGAAACGACUGGGACUUGGCUGCGUUGGCACCGAGCAUUUUUGGAUGCUUCAACUGAAAGUUUAAAAAGUAGCUUUUGUGUACGACAGCUCUUUUUAGUUAUAAACAGAAACAUCAGACCUGCGCUCGCAAGCAAGAAUCAAAAGAGCCUUUUCUUUUUUCUAGCUUAAGUUUCUUUCCGUGUUUCUCCUCAGACAACACCCUCACUUCUAAUGCUGAGAUGAGAAUGGAGAUUAAAUGGGGCUUAAGAUUCGGGUUGAUCCAGGCCAUCUUAAACAUCCACGAGGUACUUGCUAAGCAAUUUAGGGCAGUGCUGUUUAAUUAUGCGGCUGAACAGAGAUGGUGAAUAUUUAAACAUUUAGAAAGUACUGGGAUUAUUUUCAUGUCGGGCAGCCCUGAGGCUCAGGACAUUAGAGCUCAUAUAAGGACUAAUUUGUGGAUGAAACAUGGUAUGGACACUGAUCAUCAGUGUACAUAAUAUUAUAUAGUUUCUAAACAAUUUUAUUGGCAGGAAACAAAUAAUAAGACAAUAACUAUCAUUUAAACUCAGUUUGGUACUCAUUUAAAAUCUAAUAAAAAUAGUUUCUUAAAUGUUAACGCAAUUAUACCCAACGGAUGAUGACUUUAUAAUUAGAUGUGUAGUGUAAAACUAAGUCAACCCCUUUGAAAUUAAUGGUCUUAUUGUCAACUACCUACAGUAAUAUUAACCAGGGAUUAUUAGAAAAUCUAAUUGUAUUUUCAUGGUCUGUUCAGUAAUGUUUAGGUAUUAUCUACAGAUGUUAACAAAAUACAAUUAAAAGCACAAAUUGAACCGCAAGGUGAUGUAGCCUACUUUACUUACAGUAGCUGAUUUUUUAUUUUUUAUUUAUUUUGUAGUUCUUAUUUUGUAGUAAAAGUAGAACCGAUCAGUCAGCAACAGAACGGGUGAGUUUCUGAUAUUACAGAUAUGUAAGGGCAGAUGUAUGUGUUCAGAAGUAAUUUAACACUGACCAGAUCUAUAGUGGACUCUGUAAUAGAUGUAUACUAAUGUAAGUGGGAAAAGGAGGCCUUAUUCUGAAAUGAAAUGUUAUUUAUCAAGCUGUCCCUCUACAUUUAUCAGCGUUCAGUAAAUUAGUUUUGUGUUACUGUGUAAAUCUGGAGGCAGCUGUCUCCAUGGCAACUACAGUAAUCCUCGUCCUAAAUGGGAACAACAACUUUACUCUGAGACUCCGGCAUUAACCUGCAGCCACAGAUGCAAUUUAUGUUUUUUAUUCGGAGUAUUUAAUGAUUGCUCCCACACAAAGAAAGUCACAGGGAACACUGCACUGCAUUUAGACAAAUAUUACAUCUUGUAACGAUUGAAUGUUUGAACUUUGCUUAUUGCGCAUUGCUUACACUGUUUUUAUUUCCCUUUUUAAGACAGUAAGCUACCAUAGGAGAACUGAAAAAACAUGUUAAUAAUCUUGUUAUUCCAGUAGUAGUUUUAUUUGUCUGUCAACUGUUCUUUCUUUACCUGACAACCUGACUGAUCUAUAUUUUUUAGACACAGAGAGAAAUAGAAAGAGAGAGCUCUUUUUGUUAGUAAACUUAUAUUUCUUUGGGUGUUUAGGAGUUAAUAUCAAUGUGCUUUAUGGAAAAAGCUAUGAACCUGUCUUGUAAACACCAUACAUGUCCAAAUGUUCAUACACUGCAAAUUACAAUACUAGCUUAACGUAUUAACUGUACCAUGUAAGGAGAAAUGCAGACACUAAUAUCUCUGUAUACUUCUACAAUGUUUAAAGAAGGACUUUUCAAGCCUGUUAUUUUUAAUAAAUGGUUGAUGUAGAGAUACUGUAUUUAGACAUGUUGUAAACCACAUACACACUCCUUUUGUAGAGACAUAUGCUAUUAAAAUUUCUGUAUCAAUGCA